AUGGAGCAGACCAAGGCUCUCAACGCCCUCGAGCCGUUCCUCGCUCUCUCCAAGUCGGCCACCUCCCCCCGCGCCGCCGCCGACCUCGUCACGCGCGCCACCUCGGCCCCAAACACCUUCGUCUUCGCCGAGCUCCUCCAGACGCCCCAGGUCCAAGCCCUCUCUAGCUCUCCCGAGUACGCCUCGCACCUCGCCCUCCUCCAGACUUUCUCCCACGGCACGUAUCAGUCAUACCGCGCCGAGUCCUCCAAACUUCCACCCCUCAACGAUGCCCAGAGCCGCAAGCUGCGCCAACUGUCCCUCCUGACCUUGGCGCGCGACCGGUCAAACCUUACCUACGAUGCGCUACAGGAUGCCCUAGGCCUGUCAUCGGCUCGCGAGCUCGAGGACCUUGUUGUCAAGGCCGUGUACGAUGGCCUCCUGCACGCCACGCUCGAUCCUGUCCGCCAGGCCGUCGAGGUGACGAGUAUAGCUCCCCUGCGGGAUCUGCAACCUGGUGCCAUCCCUGGCCUGGUUGCCGCCCUCAGCACGUGGUCCGACCGUUGCACCACCACACUUGAUGACAUCGAUGCUCAAAUCAAUGCCAUCCGCGCCAAUGCCGUUGCACGCGCAAAGGAGAAGCGUGCCACAGACGACAAGAUGCAACGGCUCCUCGGCGAGGUCGAGAAGAAGGGUGACCAGCACGGCCGCGACGGCCUGCCCAGACGAGCGUUGAACAAGCGGUCCAUGCUUGAAACAGGCAACCUGGAGGGUGACGAAACUAUGGAGCUCGACGAGCCCACGGGAGAAGAGCAGAAGAAGCGGGUUAGUAAACGGAAGAUUUAG